AUGACUGCCACCACAGACUUCAAACUACUAGAAGGGCAGAAGGAAAACAUCCAGCCUGUGAAGGAAGGCAGAUCCGCAAGCGCGCUUGCGGCCACAUUCAGUGUUGGUGCGGACGACUUGCGACGCAACCAGGCCGCGCGCCGCGCCGAGUUUGAGGCUGCCAUCGUGGACUCAGACGAGCAUGACGAUCCGCUCGAGAUUUACUUGGACUACUUGCAGUGGACCAAGGACAACUUCCCUCAAGGAUCCAACGUUGAAAGCGGCUUGAUCCAGUUGCUUGAGCGGUGCACCCUGCGCUUCCGUGACACGGAGUACUACAAAAACGACGCGCGCUACCUCCGCGUGUGGCUCCAAUACGCCCGCUACUCAGACUCGCCGCGUGACAUCUUUCUCUACUUGGCGAAGAAGGAGAUUGGGCUCAAACUUGCGACGUACUAUGAGGAAUUUGCGCACUUCCUUGAGGUUAGUGGGCGGAAGCUCCAGGCACAACACAUUUUUAAUAUGGGUAUAGAUGUUCAGGCCAGGCCCGUGACGCGAUUACAGAAGCGCUACGCUCUGUUUUUGGAGCGCUUAGCAGAGGCUCCUGCAGCAAGUAAUGAGCCGUCGCACAACAUUCUCCAGCCGUUGGCGGUGAAAAGUGGGCCUAGUGGUGGUAUAGGGGGAGAAGCAGCCGAACCUUCGGAUCUUCUAGCUAUCAAAAGACCUAAGCUCCAAGUGUUUGUGGAUGAAGAUGAGCCAGGUUUAGAUGGUAUAGGCUCAAAAAUGGACAACUGGCAGUCACUAGGCUCGAUUGCUGAACGAACUAAGGAAAACCGCAUUAAAGCGACCCCCUGGGCCGGCGAAAUCAUGGCUGUGGGCAAGAAUUUUGUCAAGGCCAACAAAAUCGCCGUCUUUAAGGAUGAAACCCAAUCCAGUACAAGUCACGGGGAUAAGUCGAAUCCAGUAUUCAGCACAAUCGAUACUCCAGGGAGGAGACCCGAAAGGUUAGACCUCAAUUUGGAGCUUCUCUACACGCCCGAAGAAGAGUUUUGCUUAGAAGAGGUGUAUGCGUUAUCCAGGGGGCUAAGGCUAGGGCCAUUGCAGAUGCCAGUAAAAGCGGAGCCAGUGGGAACGGAGCCAGUGGGAACGGAACCAGUGGGAGCGGGGCCAGUCUUGGAAAUAGAACCGACCAUAACACUGACUCUGGAACAAAUACCGAUUUGUCAGAAUUCUAAAACCCUUCACUUCGAGCAGUCGCAGACGGUUUCGAUUCCGUUGAAACACGAUGACAGAGAUCAGAACCGGCCAGGGUCUCCUACGGUUACGAUGACCUUCUUCUCCAAGGCUGCCAGGGGCGAUGUUUUUGACAUGUUCAACCAGCCUGCGCAGCCAGACAAGAUGAACAGCGAUGACACCGACCACGAAAGUGCCACUUUUAACGACUAUACGGAAACGAUCCACGAAAUUCAGGAUGUGGAGAUGGAGGACGUUGCCCGGCGGUUUACUGAAACAAAUGGGGGUAUUCAAAUGCGGUAUAUCAACGAAGUGGAAGCCCCAGAACGGUUCUCUAAGGAAGUGGAAGAUCCAAAACGGAGUUCUGCGGCGACGGAAGACCAAAAACAAUCUGACGAGAUGAGCGCUUCAAACCGAUACACGGGCGACGACGAUGUGCUUAGUUCGCCGUUUCUUGAACAACCUCUGGAGCCUGAAGGAGAAAUUCCCGAUAUCAGGACGUUGAUGGCUAGCAGCAGUGGCUUGACCGUCAACCCAACAGACACGGCAGUGCUCAAGCGAUUACUCCAGGGGGUUUCGCCAGCUGUAUCAGCCUAUCCCGGAUAUUUUGAGUAUGCCACCACCCUUGGCAGGGCCGAUAACCUCAAGAAGUUUGCGCGAAGCUCCCAUUCCAAUGCCAUUGGAAACAAGAAUGCUGUGAUCGAGUUUAGCCAGAACCACGACAUCUACUGUAUACGGACGGAACUUGGUGAAGGUGGCUAUGCUACGGUGUACCUCGCUGAAAGCGGCGAGGGCACCUUCCGUGCUCUAAAGGUUCAGAAACCUUCAAACUCGUGGGAGUUCUACGUGUUGCGCCAAAUCUAUACGCGCCUCAAUGCGAGUUCAAAAGCCCAAGACAGUAAAACGUUGAGGUCGGUUAUCCAGGCCGAGGGGUUGCAUUUAUACCAAGACGAGGGGUACUUAAUUCUAAGCUACAAGCACCAAGGAACGAUCCUAGACAUCGUGAACUUUUUCCGGUCACGACAGGUCCCUACAACUCACGCUGUAGAGGAGGUCAUGGUGGUGUUCCUAUCUAUUGAACUUUUGCGGACGAUGGAGUCUCUCCAUAGAAUCGGAAUCAUCCACGGAGACCUCAAGCCAGACAACUGUAUGGUGCGUUUCCAGAGUCUAGCUGAGGGCGAAUGGGAUUCGGAGUACGAUCGUGAGGGUUCCAAUGGCUGGUCCAAGAAGGGUAUCACCUUGAUUGACUUUGGCAGAGCUGUGGACAUGACGCUUCAUCCAACGGGGGUGCAGUUUGUGUGCGACUGGGAAACAGAUAAUCAGGACUGUCCAGAAAUGCGGGAGGGGCGCACUUGGACAUACGAGGCAGAUUACUACGGGAUUGCGAGCAUUAUGCACACGAUGCUUUUUGGGAAGACCAUUGAGACACAGUUUGACCGUCUGUAUCGUAUUUCCACCCCCUUGAAACGUUACUGGCAGCUCGAUAUCUGGGGCCCGUUGUUUGACUUGUUGCUAAACCCCAAAAAACACGCGAGGGAUGGGAUAUUGCCCAUAACAGAUCAGCUCAUGGUUCACAGAGAGAAGAUGGAGGACUGGCUCGAGCUUCACAGCACUGGCGAUCCGUCGUUAAAGAGUGUGAUUCAGGACGUGGAACAGGCGUUGAGUCAUCUUAAGAAGUAG